AUGGAUAAGAACAUUUCUCUCAAAGUUAAAAACUUCUAAACAGUGAAUUGGUUGAAAAAUAGAUUCAGAAAUCAAGUGAAGGAUAAAUAUAUUUUGAAUGAGAAGGAGCUGAAGGAAUAAACAAUGAUGAAAGCUGUCUUUCAAAUCAAUUGA